AUGAAGUCCCAUUUGUUUCUCCUUUCCCUCUCUGCUGCUGGUGCUUUUGCCCAGACCCAGUUCUUGCGAGAAGCACAGUAUAAUGCUAUCUGCGCCUACCAAGAUGGCCUGGAGGAUGAGAUAUCUCCGGGCUACUGGGUGCGCUACAACUGUGGGGUCAUUGGGAGCUGGACGAGCCCUACCAUCAGCAACAUUCAAAGCGCCCAGGCCUGUGCCGAAGAGUGCAAGCAGGUUGCAACCUGUGUCGGAAGCUCCUGGAGCGCAAGCAGUGCGCAGUGCGUUCUCAGCGGCAACAAAAAGAGCAUCAACAGGUCUUACGCCUUGUUUAUGGAAAAGAUAGAGCCCGCAGAUCCAUUCGAGACGUGCGAGGAUACUCUUGAUAAUUGCAAGGCAGACCUCGCGCAAAGCAAGGCAGAUGCCGCUAAGAGCCAGGCAGCCCUCACGAAAUGCCAAAGCGACAAGCAGAAACUUGAUCUGAUUUGGGAGCAGCGCAAAGAAGCCAUGGAGAUCUGUGGCUAUGGUGGCCGUACCAAGAUUCAGGCCGGCAAAUAUGCAUAUACCCCUCGUUGCCAGCGAUCGGCUACCACAGGCGCGUUCUACAAGCAGCUGGACCUUGGUGUUGACAAGUGUCUUCAGCAAUGCUCAAAAGAGACAAGGUGCAAAUCUGUCAAUUAUGUCAUCAUGAACAAUGCGCCCUGCAAGUUGCAUGAGACAGGUACCACUGCAGCUAUUCCAGUCACUGAUGAGAACUCCUGCCCUGUCACUCCCAUGAUUGGAUUUACUCCCACAACCAAGAAAUAA